AUGGCUCUAGAUAAUCACAAUGAUGCGUUCAUGUGUAAAGUCUUCCGGACCAGCCUAACGGGAGCUGCAUUAGAGUGGUUCAAGAAUAGGCCGCACAAGUUCGUUCCGAAUUAUGAAACUUUAUGUGCUAUGUUCCUAGCACAAUAUUGCGGAAACAAGAAACAUAAGAAGUCUAUUGCUAGUCUCUUUACUAUAAGACAGAAGAGAGGAGAAACGUUACAGGAUUUCCUGUCCAGGUUUAACAUGGAGGCCUUAGAGAUAGCAGAUUGUCAUCUUGAGACUGCUAUAGAAACAUUCAAGAUCGGUAUGAUUCAGGGAACUAAGUUCCAUACCUCCUUUGUCAAAUAUUCUCCUCUGGACAUGCAAACUCUCAAUGAUAUGGCACAAGUUUACAUUCGAUUGGAGGAGAAUGUAACCUACCGGGCACAACAUGCCACCCUUGUCACGGUAGAAAAUAAGCCUCGAGAAAAAGUUUCGAGUUCAAAAAGUCAAAGAAGCCAGCAUGCCUCAGCACCGGUCGCUCAGGUACCUGAGAAGAGGCAAAGGACAGGGAGAGGUUCACACUUCUUCGUACAACCCUGGCUUGACUAUUCCAAGAAAACAAGGUCCCUUAGACGGCAAGUGGAAAACAUGAUAACCAAAGGUGAGUUACCAGAUUACCUUACAUCAAAAGAAUACGUGAAGUCUAAGGAGGUCAAUCCUCAGAAAAUAGAGGGCAAUCAAGUAAAAGUCAUUCAUGCAAUACAUAGGAGAUCAGAGGAUGACCAAGAGUCGGAAGAAGUGUACCGAUCCAGACUGAAGGCAGCCCACAAGCUAUGGAAGUUAUCCUCGGUAAACACUAUCGCUUUGGGCAAUAUCAGUAUUGGGUUCGGCGAUGGAGAUUUAUCCAGAAUUCAACUUCCCCACGAGGAUCCACUAGUCAUCAGUCUUCCGGUGGCAAAUUGCAUGAUCAAAAGAGUUUUGGUAGACUCGGGUAGCAGUGCUAAUAUUAUCAUAAAGGCGGUCUUUGAGCAACUGGAGAUCCCAUCAUCAUCAAUUCGGCCCACUUCUAGUCCUUUGAUGGGGUUCGAUGGCACAAAGGUGGACCCCAUUAGGGUAAUUGAUUUAUCUGUUACUAUGGCGAAAAGGACAUUGAAGGAAAACUUUGUUCUGACAGAAAUCCAUCCUUCCUAUAAUCUCAUUAUAGGAAGAGGUUGGAUCCACCGAAUGAAUGAGGUCCCGUCUACCCUUUAUCAGGUGAUGCGAUGCUUGUCUCCGAACAGUAAAGAGGUUAUUAAUCUUUGGGGAGAUCAGGUCGCUGCCAAAGAAUGCUACAUACUGACAUUGAAUGAGGCAAAAAAGAGGAUCAAGCAGUACCAGCCAGAUGCGACCCCCGAAGGUAUUUCCAAAUAG